CUGUUGGCCUGCCAUUGGGCAAGAGCACACAGUUACAUUUAAAGCAGUGUGCCAGUUUCAUUUAGUUUUUUUUGCCUGUGUCUAGUGUUGUGUUGUUUACAGUUUUGUCGGUAUGAUCACGUAAAGAUGACUGUUCAUAACUUCAGAUCGCUGUUAUUAGUAGCAAUAAUUAUAAGUAAUUGUAUAACUUGGGCAACUUCGAGACACAAUGUUCGCCGCCUAUAUCUACCUGCAUCCUACGUCUUACCCGGAGGAGAGGGGUCGGGUCCCUGGGGAGACUGGGGGGAGAUCUCCCCUUGUUCUAGGACCUGCGGAGGAGGCGUAGCCAGCCAGAAGAGAACAUGUCUAGAGUCAGAACCACAGACCUCUUGUACUGGGGGCGACACGAAGUACUUCUCAUGCCAGACUCAGGCCUGUCCCGCCGGCUCAGGCGACUUCAGAGCCGAGCAGUGCGCAGAAUUCAACGACAAGGAGUUCAGGGGAUACAAGUACAAUUGGGAGCCGUUUACAAAGACCCCAAACCCAUGCGAGCUGACCUGUAGGCCGUACGGAGAGCGGUUUUAUUACCGACACAAGCUGCACGUGGUGGACGGCACCAGAUGUAAUGACGAUUCCUUCGACGUGUGUGUCAACGGUGUCUGCCAGCACGUGGGCUGUGACAUGAUGCUGGGCUCCAAUGCCAAAGAGGAUAGGUGUCGGGAGUGCAGAGGGAAUGGCACCAGCUGUCACACCACGGAAGGAUUACUCGACUCUCAGGAUCUCAUAGAAGGCUACAACGACAUCUUACUUAUACCUGAAGGCUCCACUAAUAUCAUUAUUGAGGAAGUGAAACCUUCAAACAAUUAUUUAGCAUUAAGAAAUAAACACGGCAGGUACUACCUGAACGAUAAUUACAAAAUGGACUUCCCGGGCAGAAUCAUGGUGCCUGGCGGCUUCUGCACUUAUGUACGCAGUUGGGAAGGGUUGCCCUCACCAGACAAACUCCACUGCUUAGGACCCAUCACGGAAUCUCUGUAUCUUUCCCUUCUUCUACAAGAUGAGAAUGUAGGAGUCAAGUAUGAAUUCAGCGUUCCCAACCAUUUUAAGAUUCCCAACAACCAGCAAUACGAAUGGGUGCAUGAGGAGUACACGCCAUGCAGCGCCACCUGUGGUGGAGGUUUUCAAACCCGUAACGUGACAUGCAGAUCGAGAGAGAAGUUGGAGAUGGUUGACAACAAUAAUGGUACCGCUGCCAUAGUCCCUGAUAGAGAGUGCUUGAAGUUGCUGGGCCCGAAACCUGAGCUAACGCAGAAGUGUAACCAAGACGUGCCCUGUCCACUCUGGUUCGUUGGACAAUGGAAGCCGUGUGACAAACUGUGUGACGAGGGCAGGCAGACAAGACAGGUGGUAUGCCACCAGAAGAUCAAUGGCCGUGUCACAGUGCUUGGUGAUGGAAACUGUACAGACGAGAAACCAUCAGUUGAGCAGAAGUGUAUGAUACGACCCUGUGAUGGUGUGGACUGGGUGACUUCCGACUGGUCUGAGUGCGACACCUGCAUCUCAGAGAGGCGAACGCGAAGGGUGAUAUGUUUGACGCUAUCUCAUAUCAGAGUGAAUGACAGCUUCUGUAGCCACCAUCCACGUCCAGUGGAGCAAGAAGAAUGUGACCAGGACCACAGACCCGAGGCGCAGUGGCAUACUACGGAGUGGAGCAAGUGUACCGUACUCCGUGGGGAUAGAGUUCAUAUUAGAAAGGUAUUUUGUGGCGUUUACAAGAACGCUUACAGCAUCGAACAAGUGGAAGACUCAAAUUGUGCUCACCUCUUGAAAUGCAAUGACACCAAACCUUGCCCCGAAGCCGAAGAGGAAUAUCCUUUGCAGUGGUUCAGUGGACCCUGGUCUUUAUGUACCAAGGACUGUGGUGGAGGUGAGCAGUACAGACGUGUAUUGUGCAUGCGAGGGUUUGAGGAGGCCUUCGAAUGCCCUUGGUUAAACAUUAUGCCAGAUUCUAUGCAGUUAUGCAACACUGAACCUUGUGACCCAGCAAUAAUCAACUCAAAGAAUUUAAGCAGCCUUGAUGAAAACAAGCUGCCAUGUAACGAGACUAAGUUCGGAUGUUGCCCUGAUAACACGACUGCCAGCCUAGGACCAUUUGAUAAAGGCUGUAGCAAUCCACGUACAUGUAAGGAAUCCACCUAUGGUUGCUGUCCUGACGGUGUGUCCCCAAAGCUGGGUGACACUGAUGAAGGCUGUCCCGUGGAGGCGUGCGCAGACACGCUGUUUAGCUGCUGCUUCUCAGACAACAAGACGGCGGCUCAAGGCGAUGGCCAGGUCGGAUGCCCUGAAACUUCAACUACUGGAGCUGAUACAGAAACCACAACUGAAGAUCUUGAAACGAGUGCCAGUGAAACCACGCCCGGAGGCACCACGGAGGUCGGUAGCAUAACCCAGGAACUAUGCAGUGGCUUCGAGUUCGGAUGCUGCGCUGACAACCAGACUGAAGCCAAGGGACCCAACGGUCUGGGAUGUCCAUGCAACGCUAAUGCAGUAAAAACGCCUGCGAGUAUUGCUGGAGAUGAGAAUGCCGUGGUGACCGGAGAGCUGGGUAGCCCGCUCUCAGUGCGGUGUUUGGCUAAUGGGUGCCCACCGCCAUUAGUAUUAUGGUACAAAGGCUAUGACAUAUUAAAGGAGCUAUACAAUGAUGAUGUGUACGAAGCAAGAAGUAACGAGUUUAUUAUCAGAAAUCUGACUAUGGAUACUCUCGGGCAAUACACGUGCCAAGCGUACAAUGGAGUAGGCAAGGCGGCGUUAUGGGUGGUAAAUGUCCGCGCAAACAGACCUGAGGGACUGUUCACUGAGAAUACGUUGUUAGUGCCACGAGAGACGCUGCCAACUGGACGCAAGAUACAGGUUACCAUCACUGCGGAAUAUACUGAAACACGAAUACCUGUGUUUACUGAAUCUUCGAUCUCAGAAGCUAAUACAACAGAAGGAACAACAAUUGCAACUGUCGAGGCUCUUGAAACGAGUAAAGGAAGCACACCCGGAGUUGACACCGUGGAGGUCCGUAGCAUCACCUUGGACCUGUGCAGUAGCUUCGAGUUCGGAUGCUGCGCUGACAACCAAACUGAAGCUAAGGGACCCGGCGGUCAGGGAUGCCCAUGCAACGCUACUGAGCCUUGUGACUUUUUCCAGGGCAUACCAAUGCCACCAAAAGCGUCAUUGCAGCCGGAGCUCGAGGUGGCAGUGGAGUCUUCGGAAGGUGGUAAAGCUACCCUUCAGUGUCUGUUUCAGGACAUCCCUCCGCCCAAGAUCACGUGGAGACAUGAGAAGCAGAAAAUCAACCGCAGCACGGGUCGCUACAGGCUGAUGUCUGACGGCACGCUGGAGAUCGUGUCUCUAUACCGGAAUGACACCGGCCUCUACAUCUGUGAGGCAGACAACGGGGUCAGAGUGGCCAAGCAAGAGAUACACCUGGUCGUCAAUGAUCCUAUAAGGAUGCCGGUUGGAAUUGCUGGAGAUGAAAACGCCGUGGUGACCGGAGAGCUAGGUAGCCCGCUCUCAUUACGGUGUCUGGCGUAUGGGUAUCCGCCGCCAUCUGUGUUCUGGUAUUUGGACAAAGGCUUUGAAGAAAUUAUGGUGCCAUUUAAUAACGCCGAGUUUGAAUCGAGAGGCAAUGUGCUCCUCAUCAGAAAUCUGACUACGGAUACUCUCGGGCAGUACAUGUGCCAAGCAUACAAUGGAGAAGGCAAAGCGGCCUCGUGGGUGGUGGACGUACGCGCAUACAGAUCUGAGGGACUGUCCACUGUAAAUGAGAUGUUGGUGCCACGCACUACGCUAGAGGUUACUACCACUGCGGAGUUAACAACUAUAACGCCAGCUUUUGAAACACAUCCAACUGUGGUUACCGAGCCAUUGGUACCAGUUAAAUGCAAGGACAAUCAAUGGUUCGCUAACUGUGACCUGAUCGUGCGUAGUAAAUUCUGUACACACAAAUAUUAUAAGAUCUUCUGUUGUAAGUCGUGCGUGGAGGCAGGACAGCUCGACCCCAACGAGCUGUACCAUUAAGCAGACCAGCCCUGAAGAGGAAGAAUGGCUUCAUCGGUACCUUACGUAGUAUUAAGUGUAGCCAGAUGUACCCAACACUGUUGUUACUGCGGCGAUGACACAUGACAAAUGACAGAAUUCAGAUGACAAGCAUACACGAUCGACGAAACAAAUCCUACAUCACACAUGUGAAGUUUAUCAUCAAGCGACCGUGUUUCAUCUGAAGCGAUACAUAUAAUAUACAUAAUUAUGUAGAUGCAUACUAAAUUACUAUAGCUCAAACGUCCAUGGACAGUCCCUAAUCCUAUAUAACUUAAUCACUUUCUUUCUACAAUAAAAGUAAAAUAUCUUAAAAA